AUGGGUGAUAUUCUCAACCGGGCUGGGAUGACAGAUUGUAAUCCCCUAACAACCCCAGCUGCCGUGUCCCAAGCCGUCAGUACAUCGUCUCAACCGCAUGAAAAUCCGACUCAGUAUCGACGCAUCAUUGGGGCCCUACAGUAUCUGACUAUCACUCGCCCUGACUUGUCUUACGCCGUCAAUCGCCUCUGUCAUUUCAUGCACUCACUUACGGAUGAGCAUUGGGUGCUUGUCAAGCGGGUUGUGCGGUAUGUCAAAGGGACUUUGGACUAUGGGUUGCGUAUCUCCUCUUCUGCGUCCACGACUAUUCAUGCCUUCUCAGAUUCCGACUGGGCCGGCUGUCCGGUAGACAGGAAGAGCACUAGUGGGUAUGCUGUUUUCUUGGGCGACAACCUCAUCUCUUGGCUCUCGCAGAAGCAGCGCACCGUUGCUCGUUCGUCCACUGAGGCUGAAUACAAAGCCUUAGCCGAUGUCGCAAUAGAGGUCACUUGGGUGGUAUCUCUUCUUCGUGAGCUUGGGUUACACUCCGGUCAACCAUCCACUCUAUGGUGUGAAAAUUUAGGUGCCACAUAUCUCUGCGUCAACCCCGUCUUCCACGUCAGGACGAAGCAUGUUGAGAUCGACUACCAUUUUGUACGUGACAAAGUCGCCUCCGGGGAAUUUAUUGUCAAUUUUGUGUCCACUAAAGAUCAACUUGCAGACAUCCUCACCAAACCAUUACCGGGACCACGCUUCACUGCUCUCCGAGGCAAGCUCAAUGUUGUCUUGCACCCACCUUGA